AUGAAGGUGUUGGUUAUCGCAGCAACAUGGAUUUGGAGUGCCAUGGUCGGAGCAGCAUGGAAUUCCGAUUUGUGCCUAGUAUCCACAGAAGUUAGAUUCGGUAUAACACUGCCCUAUACGGUGGUGAGUUUUACCACUGCAGAUGCUACCAGAAAAAGUUACUCGGAGUUUCUGCAAGAUCUACGAGGCCAUCUGGCAAGUGGAAAUAAGGUUCAUGAUAUACCAGUGAUGCGUGAGCCAUCUACGGUUACUGAAUCUGAUCUUUUGGUGGAGCUCUCAAAUUCGCUAGAGUUAUCUGUCACGCUAGCAAUAAAUGUCACCAAUGCAUAUGUGGUGGCUUAUCGGGCAAGUGAUCAGUCCUACUUCUUCAGUGACUCUAAAGGGCCUGCAUUUUCUAAACUUUUCACUGAGACAAAACGUGACUACCUUUCAUUCACCGGUAACUAUAUAGAUCUUCAAAGAAUUGCAGGAGCAGGUCGAAAGGACAUACCCCUAGGAAUGUCAGCUCUCGAUCAAGCCAUCACGAACCUCUAUUAUUGGAGAAGCGGCCCUGGUAAUACAGAAUACACCGUCGCUCGUUCCCUUUUGGUUGCCAUUCAGAUGGUUGCGGAAGCAGCACGAUUCAGAUAUAUUGAGAAUUCCGUGUGUCGCAGCAUCAAAGCCACAAGUAACUUUCUGCCAGAUGAGGCCAUGCUGAGCUUAGAAAACAAUUGGAGAGCUCUCUCCACUGCAAUCCAACAAUCCAAUCAAGGAGUCUUCGCGAGACCAGUUCAAUUACGAAAACGUGACGGUACAUUUUUCAACGUGGACAGUGUAACUGUAACUGAUAGCUUAAUCAGUAACCUGGGACUCCUAUUAUUCGUAUGCAACCCCCAAGCAUCUCGAUUUAAAAGGUCUAUGGAUGCCAAAUAUUACAGUAACAAUGUUUGUUCUGUUCCAGAGCCCACGAUUCGCAUCACUGGCAGAAAUGGUCUGUGUGCUGAUGUAAAAGAUGGAGUAUAUGCUGAUGGAAAUCCGAUACAAUUGCAACAGUGUAAAUCUACUCCAGAAUUGAAUCAACUGUGGACCCUGAAAAAAGAUAGGAAAAUUCAAUCUAAUGGCAAGUGCUUGACCAAGGACAAUAGACUAAGCUCCGUGAUGAUCUACGAUUGCAAUAAGGCUGUGACAAUGGGUGCAAAUGUCCUCUGGGAGGUGCGCGAUGACGGAUCUAUCAUAGAUCCUCGUUCAAAACUAGCCUUGAGCACAUCUUCAGGGAAUGCUGGCUCCAACCUUAAUAUGGCGACCAACAACUACGCCUCCAGUCAGGGCUGGCUUGCCAACAAUAACACAACGCCUUUCGUCACCUCCAUUGUUGGGUUUGAUGAUUUAUGCUUAGUACAGGGAGAUAGAACGUCCCUUUGGUUAGCAGAAUGCCGUAGUGGUCGGAUAGAACAAAAAUGGGCUCUCUAUGCAGAUGGUUCUAUACGACCUCAACAACAACAGGAAAUGUGCAUCAGCUGCAAUAGCAAUAAUCAACCAGGAACCAUUGUCCUCAUCCUCCCUUGUUCUGGUUCUUCUCAACAACGUUGGAUGUUUAAAAAUGAUGGCACAAUGUUGAAUUUGUUCAGUAGACUCGUGAUGGAUGUGAGGCGUUCCGACCCAAGCCUUAAAGAAAUCAUCAUUUCUCAACCCACUGGAAACCUUAGCCAGAAGUGGCUUCCAGUGCCUUGA